GUGGCCCUGUGGCCGACGGGCGCUCGGCUCUCCUCGUCCUGCACAGGGAAAGCGGAGACAGUGAUCUUCGCCAAUCGGCUCUCAGCGUUCAACUCAAAGAUCCGACCCAGAGCCCGGACUCGCUACAAACGACACAUCGCCAGUUUAACCCGAACACCGGGGCGAGCCGGAAGUGUGUGCAGCGUCCAUCUCCUGUGCGCUGUUUGUGUGGUGCUCCGCGCCGCCGCCGCUCCUUCUGACUGUGCGGGUUGAGAUGAGGGUGUGUGCGGGGCUGAGGAGGAAGCGCGCGGGGAGGCGCCGCCAUGUUGUGGCCUGGAGGAAUAAGGCGGAGUGGGAGCAGGUGGUGGAGUUCCUGCACUCCCGCGACACUCACCUGCAGACACACGCGCUGCACAGGAUCACCGCCUGGAAGGGGAGGUUUGGGCCCAGUACUCCGGUUGCUGUGGAGAGCACGGCAAAUCUGGUGCGCUGUCAAAUUCUGGACCGGAAUGGGAAACUGGAGCAAGAUGAUCUGGUGCUGCUGUACGGCAUGGCGCUCACCAGGUUUGUGAAUCUCAUAUUGGAGCGAAAGCACGGCCGAGUGGCCAAACCCCUGCGACGCCUCGCCAGCACUAUGAAUAUUCCAGAGUGGAUUGUGAAUCUGAGACACGAUAUCACACACCGCAGACUUCCCACGCUCAAGUGGUGCCGCAAAGGGUGUGAGUUUGUGUUAAACUGGCUGCAGCAGCAGUACUGGUCUCGGCAGCUCAGCAGCCUCUCAGACUGGAGCUCUUCAUCUGAGGAAGAGGAGGAUGAAGAAGAGGUGAUGAGAAGGGAAGAGGAGGAAAUGAUGAACAGACAGAGAGAAAUCCAGAGGCACAAGAGAGCGAGAGAGCUGCUUAUCUCCUACGAACGAGAACAGUUCCAGGUGUUUGAGGAUUUGUUAAAGCGAGGGGCAGAUCGCGGGGCAAGUUCAUGGCUCAACACCAGCGCAGAUCUCAGCUGGAUCCUCGCACAGAUACAGCAGCUCAACUCCGAGGCCAGUGAUGCAUUGAUCAACACGUUAGUGCAGGACGGGUUUCUGAUCCCAACAAUGGAUCAGUUGGAAUCCCUCAACAUCGACCCAUCAGAGGAGCUGUUGGACGUGUUAGCCCCGUGUGUUCCUGCGGAGUUCCUUCGCUUCUGGUUGCCACUGCUGAAGAUCCUCAACUCAAACUCAUUUAUUAAUCAGCUGCUGGAGAAGCUGUUUGCUGAGCUCACUAACGAGCCGACCAAUCACAGGGUUUAUUACGCUGCAGCCUGGAUCUCUGAGAUUCUCCACUGCAACUGCAGGAAUGAGUCGAAGGCCUUCAGGAGGAUGAGGAUGAUGAAGGAGCGGUUGUUCAUUAACAGAGUGUCUCUCCAAUGGCAGAAGCUCAUAUCAGUGUGUGUGAAAACACCAUGUGCUGCUACACCGUUCCUGCUUCAACAGAUUUUAACGGACAUGGAUAAGCCCCUCCCCCUGGACACGCAGCGCAACUUGCUCCGCCUCUGCACCAUCUACACACAGAGUCACCUUGGCAACUGUGAACCUGGCAACCCAGACUCCUCCCACCCUGUCUACACAGUUGAGAGCCUGCAGGAGUGUGUGGGCGGGGCCAUGCAAAACAAACACACCCAGUUACCUGAUGAACCCACAGAAUUAGCCAAGGCUCCGCCCACACAGGAAAUACAGGAGCAGCUGAGUGCAGAAACGGUGCAGGAAAGAAACGCAGCAUUACGAGGGUCAGCCUGGAGUGUGUGUACAGAUAAGGUUCCCUGGAAGCAGCACCCUCUGGGGAAGGUUCCGGGUCAGACAGAUGAUCCGUCGUGUCUGAUGGUGGAGACGUACUCAACACUGACUGUGUUUGACCAGCAGGUCAAAGGUCACUACAGCAGCCUGAGUGUGCCACUUCAGAGCAGAACCGGAGCAGAUGGACCCCUAUGGACUCACAGUGACCUCACCAAGCUCAAAGCUGGGCUAAAACUCUUCUAACACACCCACACACACCAAUUUUUGAAAUUAAAUUUUCAAACAAAUUAA